GAAAUGCCACAGCCACAAUGGUUCUUUAGCAGUACUUACAGGCACCGACAGCACACGCAACCCACACUGAACAGUCAGUCAACCUUCACACAUUCAAAUUCCAGCAACCCGUGUAGACUCCCCAAAUUUCCAUACAAAACCCAGAAAUCCCUUUCCAUCCCUCUUUCUAUUCAGCCAAGAAUUGAGUAAAUUCAGCAAAAAAAGAAAAAAAGAAAAAAAAUGAUACAACUGUUUUUCACUGUGAUAUUCUGUGAAAUGGCAGUGAUUUUGCUGCUAUUGUUCAAAACCCCCUUGAGGAAGCUUGAAAUCUUGACUCUUGAUCGAGUGAAGCGUGGAAGUGGACCUCUUGUUGUCAAAUCUGUGGGUGCUACAGUUUUGGUGAUGAUGACUUAUUCAGUAUACACGAUUCGAGAACUCAAUUCUCGACCCGUUGAGUCCUUCAACCCAACUGAUCAAGUGCUCUUGGCUUAUGAAGUUUUAGAUACUUCACUUAUGGGAUUCUCGCUGUUUCUUGCGCUCAUGAUAGACAGGCUACACCAUUACAUUCGCGAGCUUCGUAUUCUCAGAAAGACCAUGGAGGCUGCUAAAAAACAAAGCAGAGAAGUUGAUGAGGGCAAAAAGGCAAAUGGAGCAGAGCUCAAUGCCUUAAAGGAGGAGGUUUCUGCUAUGAAGACAAAGAUUAAUAUUCUGGAAUCUGAGUGCAAGGCCAAAGAGAAAGAGUUGAAAGCGGCAGAAAGCAAUUCUGAGUCUCUUAAAAAGCAAUCUGAAGGUUUACUUCUUGAAUAUGACCGCUUGCUGGAGGACAAUCAAAGUCUCAGGAGCCAAUUGCAUUCACUUGAUCAGAGCUUGGCCAAUUCUGAUGGCAAGAAGAACAUGUAGUUCCAAACAUAUGGUCAUGGGAAACCAGCUUCUAUGGCUGUUCAGAAGCUGGUUCUAAGUAUGUAACCAGGAACAUUUUUUGAGGUAUUGUUCUGUUGCAGAGACUUUUGUACGAGAUUUAUGUGGAGGAAUCCUAAUGAGCUUUACUUAAAUGGUGGCGCCAGUAUGAUCAUAAUCACAGUUAUUUUUAUAAUUGUUGUGAUUAUUAUUGCAUCUAAUAGGGUUAUGUGAUUAA